CAGCUGUUCCAGAAAACCAGACGAGAGACCGAGGACGAAAGGAUGGACUGUCGAACCAGGACAAAUGUCGGGAAAAACAGCUCAUUUCUCUUCAACAUAUAAAGUCUGAGAAGCUGCACACGAUGCGAGGAUUCAGCGCGAGCGAUUUGUCUCCAGCAGCGCUGCAGUACUCCUGUGGAUCUGUAGAGCAGCCCCUGGAGACGAAAGCCCCGCCCCCUCCCAGGCCAUGCCCUACCCCGCUCUCAGAGAGGCCACGCCCCACUGCCUUAGCCACGCCCAAAACGCCCAGAACACAGAAACCCCACGUGCCCCCUAAGCCUGUGCACCUGCUGCCGCGGGGUCCCGUCCCCCCAGCGCCCCGCCGACCCCUUCCCAGCCCCCCUCCCAGAGCCAGAGUCCCGUCUGCAGGAGCCGGUGUGGGGCGGCUCAUCGAGGGCUUUCACAGCUCCAGGUUUCCGAUUCUGGGUCUCCAGCGGAGGAACGACCUCCAUUGGGGAGCCAUCAUGGAUUGUCCAGCCUCUCAAGUGCCGGACGGCAGCGAUCAGCCUCAGCUCAUGGAGGCGUCAGCGGUGACGGCUGCUCUGGAUACUGAGGAUGCGCUUGCAUUUAAUACGCGUGAAAUCUCGGAGCUUUUGAAACUGUCCAGUUUAGACUCCUUCCAGACAGACUCUGCCAAUGAGGUGGAAAUUACGGACGAACUUCAAAAAGAGCAUAAAAGACAUUCUGGUAGCGCUUUGGAGAAUAACCACAGUGACUUAGACCGAGAGCAUCAAGACGAAAGCGGUAAACAUGUAGAUGCGGAGCAGGAGCGGCCGCAGGGUCACGAGGGGUCGGAGGCGAACGGUAAGAUCCCCAAUCGGGAUAGCGGGAUUGACAGUCCGUCCUGCGGGGCAGAGGGCGAGGGAUUCCCAAAUGAGGGACGAAUCGAGGAGGAGGACAGGAAUGACAGCGUCGCCACGGAGACGGAGUCAUGCGUCACCGCCGGCAACAAGCGGGACUCGACGCAGGAUGAAGACAGCGACCUGGACGAGGGGAGCAGUGAGGAUCCAGAGAGCCUGGAACCCAAGGGUUUGCCGUCUGAUUCGCAGAAGCUGUUGAACAUUGCUAAAGAGUUGCUUCAGACAGAAGAAGCGUACGUCAAAAGACUCAACCUGCUGGACCAGGUGUUUUGUGCCCGUCUGACGGAGGCCAGCAUCCCUGUUGACGUCAUCACAGGAAUCUUCUCCAACAUCUCCAGCAUCUACCUCUUUCACCACCAGUUCCUGCUGCCUGAACUACAGACACGCAUCACACAGGAGUGGAGCUGUAAUCCGCGUAUAGGGGACAUCCUGCAGAAGCUGGCCCCGUUCCUGAAGAUGUACGGCGAGUAUGUGAAGAACUUCGAUCGUGCCAUGGAGCUGGUGAGCACAUGGACGCAGCGCUCCGCUCAGUUCAAAAGCGUGGUCCAAAGCAUCCAGAAGCAAGAUGUGUGUGGGAACCUGACGCUGCAGCAUCACAUGCUGGAGCCGGUGCAGCGCAUUCCCCGCUAUGAGCUCUUACUCAAGGACUAUCUGAAGAAACUGCCCGCUGGCGCUGCAGACCGGAGAGACGCUGAGAAUGCUCUGGAGCUGAUCUCCACCGCAGCAAACCACUCCAACGCUGCCAUCAGGAAAAUGGAGAAGAUGAACAAGCUCCUGGAGGUGUAUGAGAAGCUAGGCGGAGAGGAGGACAUCGUUAAUCCAGCUAAUGAAUUCAUUAAAGAAGGCCACUUAAAGAAGAUGUCGGCUAAGAACGGCACGGCACAGGACCGAUAUCUCUAUCUGUUCAAUAACAUGGUGCUGUACUGUGUGCCAAAACUGAGGCUGAUGGGACAGAAGUUUAGCGUCAGAGAGCGAAUCGACAUCGCAGGGAUGGAGGUUCAGGAAAACGUCAAGCAGAACGUCCCUCACACUUUCACCAUCAUCGGCAAACAGCGCUCGCUUGAGCUGCAGGCCAGGACGGCUGAGGAGAAGGACGACUGGAUAAAAGUGAUCCUGGCGACGAUUGAGAAGCACAAGCAGAACAGCGAGACGUUCAAAGCUUUCAACAUCUCCUGCAGCCGUGAUGAUGAGCACACGCCUGACUCGCCGGGCCCGUGGAGCAGCCCGAGCACAUGCGAGACAGACGGAGUGCCGCAUGAGAGGAAGAGCUCUAAGAAACGAGAGAAGGAGAGAGAAACAUGCAAAGGCUGCAACGAGACCUUCCACUUCACCAAACGCAAACACCACUGCAAGCACUGCGGCGCGGCCGUCUGUGGGAAAUGUUCCAAGGUGUCGGAGAGCAAGAACAUCCGCUUGUGUAAGCAGUGUUUUGACCUCCUGCAGGGAGCUGAAGGGACAGCAGGGGGCGGCACUGAGCCCAAGAAAAAAAUCGAGAAGCAGCUGUCAGUUGCUCAGUCUUCUCAACGAACAGGAAAGGUUGAGGAGUUGGACCAAGAUCUGGGUGCCCAUCACUGAAGCACAACCUCUGCUGUGUUACCAGCAAACCAGCACACAGGUGUCUCUGGCUGUGACAUCCACGACAUGACAAGAUGAAAGAGUCAACCCUGUUCAGACCCAUUGCAGAUUCUGAAUCGGUGAUCGACUGAAUGGAGCUGCUGUCACAUGCUGUAAAAGGAGGAGCCAACAAGAUGUCAGUCACAGCAAGAGCCAAUAAGAUGCUUUCCCUCGCCUCUGGUCCCUCCCCUUUAUAAAGAACUCCUGUUACUUGAAAUCACUUUAUCCUCAGCACUUUUUUAUUCUUUCUUUUGAAGAUCUUUUUUGCCUUCCUUCACACGAUCGUUGCUCUUUCAACAGCUCUCGCAUUCGUGGGUCAUCAUUUGAGUGUGAGAGAGACUGUCAAUGCACUGUUCCUGUGUGGCGCUGGAUGAAGAUAUUGAGAAUGUCUAUAUAAUGUUAUGAUGAAUGUUUUUUUAAUUUGUUGCCUUUCUGAUGUUAUUAGUUAAAGCAUUAAGUCACUGUUCUUGUAAUGCACUGUCAGUUGAGACCUUUGUGAACCACUUUGUUUUUUCUUUCCGAUUUUAAAAUAUGAAAUCUUUAAAGUACAAGUAAACCGAAGGGACGCACAGAACUGAAGCAGAGGAAAAAGCACAUAUAGCACACGUCAUACUCAAAAUCUUCGCUCAAAAUCAACAGAAAGAAAGAAUAUUUUCUAUUGUGAAGUUUUACAUUACAUUAUAAUUACGCACAUUUCACCCCAAAUUCUCAUUUUUAUAAUGCACAAUAAAAAUAUUGUGUAGUGUUCAUACAUCGUGGCAGAAUUAAUUGUACUAUGCCUUUAAUAUGUAAAGUAUUAACAUUAGUAUAUUAGUAUAUACAGUAAUGAGAAUAAGGGGAAAAACUCAAGCGUUAGACAUUUUUCAGUCCCAGUGAAUAAAUGAAUAAUAUCAUAAUGUAAAAAAAUCUUAAUGGUCCUAAAACAGCUUUUAUUUAACAUAAUGCAACAUUUUUCUUUGGUUCCUGGAGUGAAACCCUGCCACAACAUUCACCCACGAUUUCACAAGAUUGCUCUCACAGUGUGUUCAUAAACUCUUCUAAAACGUAAGUCUGAACAUUCAUGGUGUGUUGCUUCCUCAAACUGUGUUGUACAAACAAGAGAUUGUUUUCACCAUCUUCAUGAGGAUACACAGCUUUGUUGUUUAAGGGCAGAUUCCUGUGGCAGGCCACUGAAUACUACACCCUACUGUAGAACAUUUGCCAUUGUAAUGCUUGAGGGGAAACUGUUUGUUUUUGUGUGGCUUUUAAGGUAAAGGUUUGGAUUAGAAAACUUCAAGAAUGGAGCACUCCCUGCGUCAAUUUCCUGUCUCUUACAAACCCUUUUAACAAAGGCACACUUCUCUUUUGUAUGCACCAGUAUUGUGAUUGCAACAGAAGUACUGUAUGCCUGCACAGUUCAGUCUGUGUGUCUGGAGGUCGAUGACGGUCAAUAUGUAUUGAAUGAUGUAAACAUUGCAUUUGCUUCUUUUUUUAAUAUUGUUUGAAUCCUUGAAACGGAACCAGUGUUAUUAAAAGCCUUUUAUGUGUACAAAAUCUGUCUUAUAGCAUAUCAAUGAAUAAAAGAGUAUCUGGUCA